UGUCCUGUCAUUUGCAAACAGAUGAGCCACAGCUGAACUUGUGCAGCUCAAUGAGGGACGUGUGAGGACUACACGCAGCCUGGAUGAAGACGCGUCGCUUUCUUACGUGUGUGUUUACUUGCUGAGCCGCCCGGCUCCUUGUGCGGUGAACAGGUAAACAAGUAAAUAAGCUCUUUACCCGAGAUUUGUUGACUCAGCGCGCGGAACAGUGAAGUUAUUGUGACGAAACGUAAACAGAAGGUGACGUGCGUUGGAUCGGUGUGACGUUGCGGUGUACUCGGUGCUCCGGGGUGACGGCGAUGGUUGACUGGCCACAAGAGAAAGUGAAAAGAAACCUAAGUUUCACUCGACUUGUUCAUGGCAGACCAAGCCUGGCUGGAGUCUUCGCUGCGGCGCUCUGCCAGUCUGGGCCUAGAGGUGCUGGAGCGGGCCUCCAGGCGGAGUGUAGACUGGACUAGUACUGGAGUAUCUCAGACCCCCACCACUACAGAUGAAAACACACACAUCCCUAUCAAGAGAAAACACACAGAGCUUGAUAAUGUCUUUGCAACCAUCGCAGACUUCAUGGCGCAGACGACCUAUCAGUGCAAGAAGUUUUAUGAGUCUGGCCGUUGCACUGAGCCCACUGACUCUGAGAGGAGCCACGUGUCCAGGUUCCACACGCGGCCAGCUGCUGGGAUGACGUCUUCUGCACAGUCAACCAGGAAACGUGCGAGGGCUCCUUACAACAAAGGUCGUGUGUUGGCAGCAGGUGAAGAUUUCUAUAUUGAGGUUUCACCAGGGACAUAUUCUAUCACUGCCAGCAUGUCGGAGUCGGAGCAGCAGACUCAGCUGGUCAGCGUCAAAGCUGGAGAGAGUAUUGACCUCACCUUCAAUCUCUGACACCUCACCCAAACAAACCAGCCCCCCCUACCCUCAAUAACUAAACUGACCUAUGAUAUUUAUGCUGUGUGUGUGCGUUUAUUGCUUGUUUUUACAUGGAUUGCUGCAUUAAGAGUUUUUAUUUUGCUUUCAAAAUGUUUUAUUUGCUGUAUAUUGAGAAGCCAUAUUUUUAUUGCAGUAGUAUUUUAUUAGUGUGUGUGUAAUUGUGUAAUGCAGUACUUUUACUUGCACUAAAGAUGCAUCAGUUUAUUAAAAUAAGGUAUCAAUC